AGGAAUAGUAAUGAGCACAGUAUAAAAUGAGAAUUAUACAUUAUGAAUUUGCAUAUAUCUUUUCAUUGAAACGGAGUGGUGUAUAUGUGAUUCUGUUAUUUACAAGUCUGCGGUCUUCUAGUGAUAUUUAAGUUUCUGAUUCCUGUUCUGUAUCGCUUUCAAAAACGCAUUUUCGUGGUAACGUAGUUCAAGACACAAUUCAAAAGUUACUUGAAUACCAUAACCCAUAAAUUUUUAUAGGUAGCAUGAUUACAACAGGUACUGAUUUAUACAGCUUUUGUGGAAGACUAAGAAAUGAAAUAUCAUUACUGCAGUUAUUGUUAAAUCUCGGACAUUUACAUGCAGAAAUUGCGUCUGAGUGCCAUAAAUGACAUUUUAAGAAUUUUAAAUCAAAAUGUCAGCUUUUAAUGAACAUCAGUUUGAGAAGAGACUGCAGUUGCUUAAAGACUCUCAGGAUAGUAUACAAUCUUUGUCAUCAUGGUGCUUGCAGCAUAGGCAACACCACAAGAAGAUUGUAGGUUGUUGGUUACGUGUUUUGAAGAAAGUGAGGAUUGAGCAUCGUUUGACCUUGUUUUAUCUGGCAAAUGAUGUAAUCCAAUACAGCAAGCGGAAGAACUAUGAAUUUGUGGAGAGUUGGGGUACUGCUCUCCAGAGGGCGACAACUAUGGUUCGGGAAGAGAAGGUAAAACACAGAAUACUUCGCAUAUUCAAAAUAUGGGAUGAACGAGGAAUAUAUGACGAGGCCUUUAUAGCUGAUCUCUCAGGACUUCUGAGUACAAAUACCAAGAAAACAAGUAAUGAAACAGUCACCGAUUCUUCAGACUUUCAGCCUCCAAUGCUGAUUUCCAAGAUUCGCAGCUGUAAGAAGUUGGAAGAUGAUACUGAUCUGAAAUUGAAGAGGCUAAACGAAAGUCAUCUAUCAUUUUCUGAUGCAGAUGCCCUACGUAGUCAUCUGAAAGAUAGGAGACAAGGGGAUGACGUAGUUGCCGAAGUUGAUGAAGGUGUCAGCAAAAUGCAAGGGUUUGUGAGAGCUUUAGAACUGGAAAUAAAAGAAAGGACUGCUCUCAUUGAGUUGCUUGAACAUGCUGAUUCCUUCUAUGAAACCCAAAAAGGAGAGGCAAAAGUUGUAGCCAAUGCCUACAGGAACUUUGGUAGUCGUGUAAAGAAUUUGAAGCGCCGUCUUGAUGAUUUGAUUCCAACACUGAAGGAGGUCAGUCCAGUUCCAUCUCCAGAUGUUAAUGCUCCAUCUCCAUCACCAGAUUCAGAUAUUGAAUUGCCAGAAGAAAGUGACAAUACAGGAUCUAUUGGUGACGCUUUCUUUAAUUCAUUUAAUUCAAAAGCACGUCCCAUCAAAACAGUGUUGCAAGACGAACCUCCACAACAGCAGCACAGCAGUACGCUAGACAAUUGCUUCACAAGUUUCAUGGGAAACUCAUGUCUACCAUUUGAUAUACAGAAGAGCCUGUUCAAUGAAACCAGUACAGAAGGCUUAUUAUCCCCUUCUCCUAUGCCAGCAUUAGAUGAUCCAGUUGGUGUUCCAUUGCUUAAUACAUUAUCACCAUCAGAGGGGAAACCAAUCGAAGUAAUAAAUUCAAGAACGAAGCCUGAUGAGGGAUUCAACAUCACAGAGUUCUUAAAGUCUUUGAUACCAUCGGGAGGCAGUCCAAUCAUUCCAGGCCUUAAUGUGGAUCCACCUCCACAGAGCACACUUCUGCAGACUGCUUCAAAGUCCAUUUACAGUCCAACCGCAGAACUGAAUACAACAGACCAAUAUGACUAUCCUGGACAAACAUCUACCCCUUUGCAACCACCACCAUUGCCACCAAAUUUGUUCCCUUUGGAAGAACCAUCAUACAAGUAUGAACAAUCAGUGGAACGGGAGGAAGAUGCUUGGAAUACUAAACUGCCUCCUAAGUUUCCCACAUGGGGUGACACUGCCUCUGCUUGGGAAAGAGAGGAACAUGACAAAACAACUGAGUGGAUGCCUGUCAUGCCACCGAAUAAGGCACCACCACUUACCUUGGACACCCCAGAGUCACCACCAUUGUAUGAGAAGGAAGGUUUCAGCGAUCCGGUCGAAUAUGAUGAUUCAGUGGUUGAUUCUGUGUUGAUGUCCAGCAGUGGAGAUGUAGACCACCGCACUCUGGUGCAACUGCCACAGAUCAAUCACACAAAAGACACUGACUGUCGGAUUUCACUCCCAGUGAAACAUUUGAAGGAUACAGAUCACCGUGUGAUUCCACCUGUAACUCCAGCAAAUAAGGCCAAAAAAGAUAUGGACCAUCGCCCGCUGAUGCCUCGUAAGAAAGAUGUGGACCAUCGUAAUCUUAUUAGUUUAACUGGUUCUCCUGUACGUGAUAAUUCGGCAUUGCCUCCUCCACCGAUUCCUCGUUUGGACUGGUGUCACAGUGACCAAGAUUAUCGUACUACGGCAAUAAUCAGCAAUUUAAGCAAAAAAGAAAUCUUGCAACAGAGAGAUCUGGAUUACAGACUACAUCAGCCUCAUUCUGUUGGUCGCAGGCAGCAAGAUGAAAACCAAGAUAAUGUGGAAAGUGUGGAUAUGGAAAUGAGUGAUGAAGAAAUGGCUGAAGAAAUUGCAAGUGAGAAGAAAGAAGUAGUGACUGAGAAAGAUAAAAGUUUUGAAACAUCUCAAAAUAAUAAACCUGUUAUAUCAUUCAACAUAAACAGUCAUUCAAAGAUUUUAGCCAAUUCACCUCUGAAUGAAGUAAAAGAAGACCGAGUAAGGUCAAGAAGUCAUGUAUAUGGCUGUCAAAAGAUUCCAACUAUAAGUGGUAUAGGAGGAAAUACACAUGCUCCUCGUGGAAUGGGACCUCGUCCUCGCAUGCCACUCCUGUUGACACCCCAAGGAAUAAAGAGGCUUCCUCCUCCUAGUGUGGCAAGGAGUUUCAGACCUUCCAUGAUGUUUCCUCCACCACCUGUUCCCCCUCUCCCCCCUCAUAUAGUUCUUGUACCACAGUCAGAGAGUUUUAAUGUUGCAGUUGAAAUAAAACCUCAGUCAGAAAUAGAAUCACACGUUGAAAUUCAAGACACAUUGUCUUGUGAAGAAGUUGCUUUGGAAGAGGAGGUAACUACAGAAACACUUCUGCUGUCACUGCCACCUUCACCUUCACCCACAUCAGAGCCUGUUUUGAAAGAACAGGAGAAACCAGAAGUAAAAGUGAAUAGUGAUGGGAGACAGAGGACUCCUGAUCCAGAUCCAGAAAAGGAAACAGCUGAAGUGAACGUUGGUAGUAGUGUUACAGAGAAUGUUCGUACAGAUGAAACAACUGAAGACCCACCAAAUCAUAAUGAGGAUAUAGCAACUGAAGAGAAUGUCACACAAGUCAGCAGUAUCCCAGAAAUUGAACCUGUUGCAAGAAAAGGAGAUGAACAUCUGAAGAAACAUUUGGAGGUAGAUGGCAGUGAACACUGGAUGAAUAAUGAACUAGCAGAACUUGAAAAACUUGAUAUGGGCAGAAUGGAACAGGACAGGGGUCAAAGAGGCCGAGGUCGUCCAUUCAAUAACUUCCCACGUGGUGGAUUUAUUCCCAGGUCCAGGCCAAUGUGGAAUGGACCCAUGCGCGGUGGUCCUCCUGUCCGAUUUCCCUUCCGACCUCCUCUUGAUAGGCCUUUUGGUAGAGGACAUAGAGGAGUUUUCAGGCCUUUCAGGGGAAAUCAUGGCCAUUUUGGUGGAUGGUGAAUUUUACAGGGGUAAAUACAUGGCUGCCAAUAAUUAAUUUUUUGAAUUGGAGAUGAAUUAGAAAUUCAAAGUGAUAUACAUGUAACUUUUCUUUUCUACAUCCAGAAAAUUAUUAUGAGAUCUUUAAUUUUGAGAAAUACUUUCAGUUUAUCUUGUAUUUGUAUUGGAAGACAAAAAUUAAUAGGCAAUCUUCAAAGUUAUGUACAACACAAAUGGUUUGUAUUUCUUUUUGCUGGGAACAGUAAAUCUUAAAGAAGAUCCUGUUAUGAUGUUUAUCAAGGAAGAUGUAUGCAGUUGAAUGAACCCAUACUUUGCAAAAUUUUGAACUAUUACUGCAUAGCUUACAUAAGUUGUACACACAUGCACAUGUCUGAUCUUCAGUAAUUUGUGUUUUGUGCUUGAACAGUGUCAGGUGUAAUUUCCUUUAUGGAAUGAACUUAUUUCAGGUUGAGGCUUCAAAACUUUAAUGUGAUGGUUAAUCAGAUAAUUCAGCAAAAAUUUAAGUAAUCUUAACACAUAAUAAUGAAACAUGGUUGGGUUCAGUCAUUGCUAUUUUAUUGUUUGCAGUCCAUAUAGGUGUUAUGGUUUAAUGAUAGACCAUAUACAAUAAUAUCAACAUGAAAUUUUGUGUUUGAAUGGAAGUAUGUGGAACAUCAUGGUGAGAUGUCAGUUAUGAGUAUUGUCACUGAUUUUAUAAUUAUUAAUUAAGUACACCAAAACCAUCUGCAAACAAAAUGCACCAGAUUUGUUUCAAUAAGCAAAUCACAUGAUGAGCCAUAUUCGUACCAUUUAUCCUAAUUACAUAUGUUAUGUAUGAUAUAUUGUAAUGAAUUGAAGUUUGAUUCACCCAGUGGAAUUUGCAAAACCAGAUGUACAGAAAUUGUAAUUCGGAUUUUUGAAAGACUGUCUGAAGCUCAGUUAAUGCUAAUUGUCGUAUGUAUAGUUGGCACCAGUUGCCUACAGUCUCCAAGUUUCCAUAUAUCUAAACUUAGUCUUUUCAUUCUUUAUGCACCUUCCUGUUUGCACGUGCUUUUAGGUUUUAAUUGAUUGACAUAGAAUGCUUAUAACAUAAAUACAUGUUUACAUGUGUUGUUAAUGUGUGAUAGAUAUUGUUACAGAGUAAUUAUAUUUCCCAUAUGGUAGAGUAUAUGUACACCUUCUGUAGAAUGUGUGGUUAAGUAUUUACCCUUACAAAAAGAAAAAUGUUUAAUUUUUGUUCAUUUAUAUUGCAUUAUAUUGUACUUGCAUUUGUCAGUGCAAGAGCAAUAAAUGGAGAACACAAUUUUAUUUGGGUAAAAUAAGCAAGUGCAUAGUAUAUGGAAUUUCUCUCUUAUGAUCUCCAGUUCCAUUAUAUGUCCAGAAAUAUGCUGUGAUUAAAGUACCUACGCUUUGGCUUCUGAGAGCAUACUAAUGCAACAUAAAUGAACAAAGCUGUGGUACUGUCUGGGACAGUUUUAUUUUGACCUACUGUCUUGGUCGGGGUUUUCUGACUGAAUUUGCAGUUGAACACCGUACAUGUAUAUUUUCCCAACAAAAUUUAUACAGUGCGGAUGAAGGUUGGACGGUUAACAGGAUUUUAUGUAUGUAUACCCACACUUUUGUAUUUAUGAAAUUUAGAUAAUGGCUUCCCCCCUGAUAACUUUCUCUUGUGAGAAAUAAGAGGAAAAACAAUUAUCUCUAAUUAUAAAUGAUUGAAAUUGGGUUUUCAUGGUGCUAUUUUCGUAUUGGAUAUUGUGUUAGUCACGUAAUUUGGUAAUUGACGACAUUUUAAAAUAUUUUUAGGUGGAUUCGCGGGUUACUUGUAUUUUGGUAGUGAACGUGUAGUGAUUUUCGACAUACGUAGUGUUAUUAAGUCGUGAAGAAUAGUUUAAUUUGUGAACUUGAAUCGUAUGAAGUUUUGGAAUUGUGGUUUUAGACGUCGCCAAUCUGUAAACCACGACAAUGGACAGCGAAACUAAUGCGAUUACCUUGUAUUUCUUAAGUUGGUAAGAUUACUUGCUUUCAAAACUACCUAUAACACGAAGCGGUAUCAUAGUGUUAAGGUAGUUCCUUGCAUUUACAAUAGGCGGCAGCAUAAUAGGUAAUCGAUUUAUGAAGUUGCUGUAGAAUCGAAUUUGCCUAUAUCGAUGUAUUGAUCAGGAACUUCAGUAUGAUAAGGUUAGAUGUUUGUAUUUUAUUUCCAUCUUUGUGACUUUUUGUGAAAAUAUCGGCGGUUUUGUUGAGAACUGCAGGAAUUGGUUUGGUUGAAAAUAUUUUCAGAAACUUUGGUUGCCAUAUAACAGGAGAUGAUGUUCUACAAGUUCCAUUUUGAUUUUGUUUCUCUGCUUUCCUUGAUAUUGUGGUUCCUGGUUAAGGUGGAAUUAAUUUCCAUUUUAUAUGAUGUUCCCUCCAGCUAGUCAUUGUUUUAAUAGGAAAUACAAUUUUCCAGAUGUUGUAUCUUUUUAUGAGAUUUAUAUUUUAUGCUUUUAUAUAUGAAAUACAGAAGAUUUUUUUAA